UUUUCAGUUCUGUGAAUCUUGCUGGUUUCAGGCAGAAUUAACCUCCAGGAGUCUCAAAUCUCUAUUUCACACUCAUCCCUAUUCAGGAACUCAAUUUGGCUCUUCAUUAUAACAAGAAAAACCCUGGUGAUCUUAAUCAGCUGGGGAACUUAUCUGUCGGACAGAUGUCUUCAGAAUGAAGAUAACCAUUAGUGUUACAAGCCAACCCAUCCCAACUGACCAUCCGGAGACACUGUGAGAGGAAGCCCACCGAGGCUCACUGGAACACUUCUUCGCCAAUGGAGAGCUCAGUGAAUGAGGAAAUGGACACAGAAAACAGGAGCAGAACAGACCUUGCUCUCCCAGAUCCACACGGGCCCUCCAGCGUGCCUGAAAUUGAACUUCCAAAAGUUCCUCUCCAUGAGAACGUCUUACUGGAGAAGCCUGCCCCAUCCCCACCACGCCAGACAUGGCUAACUUUUUUGAAGAAGGAGCUGGAAUUCCUGGGGGUGACACAAAUUCUGGUUGGUUUGAUAUGCCUUUAUUUUGGAACGAUUGUCUACUCCAUGUUCGAUAUUUCAGAAUCUGGUGGAGACGUUUUUUCAUCAUUUAAAACAGGCUACCCAUUCUGGGGAGCAGUAUUUUUUGCUAUUUCUGGAUUUUUGUCAUUUAUAUCUGAAAACAAACGUACAACAUAUCUGAUACGAGGAAGUCUGGGAGCAAACACUGUCAGCAGCAUAGCUGGGGGAACAGGAAUCGUCAUCCUGAUCACCAACCUGAAAGCAAGCUCAGCUUAUGUCCACAGUUGCCAGGAAAAUGAUCAGAGUAGCUUCUGCUCUGAGGCUUCUUUUUCCACUGAAAUUGUGGCGAUGAUCCUGUUUCUCACCUUUCUGGGGUUCUGCAGUGCAGUGUCAGUCACAGCAUACAGGAUCGGAGAAGUACUGGAGCAGAGUAAGAUUCCAGAAGAUGGUCUUUAUGAAGAAGUGAACAUAUAUUCACCUAUUUACAGUGAGUUGGAAGACAGAAGGGAGACAACUUCUCCCGCUGAUUCAUAAGAAUCAUGUGUCUGGAAAAUUCUGAUUCACAGCAGAGGGUCUAGAAAGCCGAGAUCUUUGUUUAAGGGGCUACUGGCAAAAUUCCAGUUCCUCCUGUGACCUGCCAGCUUUACAUUAUAAUGUAGUCUCUGGGUGGCAAUAUUCUGUUUUUGUGGUUUCUGUUCACUUAGAUCUCCCUCUCCAUUUGUAGAUAUGAUGGCCUCCUAUUUUUCUUGUUUUCUGUUGUUAUCUCACACCCAUCCCUCCUGGGAAGUCAAUGUGUAAUAAGUAAGCAUUUACCAUGUGCCAGCGGGGAAAACUGUACAAAUGGGGACAACAAGAAGAAGUCUUGCGAGUUGAGUUGAACUUUAAUGGCUUGAUAAUGUUGGGCUCUUAGUCUUUUUUAAGAGUUCACAAGAGCUGCGGAUGUGCGUGAUACAUGUCCCCCUGCUGGGCUGCAAGCACCUUGAAGGCAAAACCCAUUCAGCAGAUGUAUGCUGAGAACCAACUAAGUGUUUGAAGUUUUCUACACUUGUUUCUUUCACAUUAUAUAUUCCAAUGCUUCUUACAUGGUGGGUGCUCAAUAUGGAUUUAUGGAGUGAGGGCUGGAGACUGGGGAGGGUAUACCACCAGGUCAGGCCAGAGGUAGAGUGGGAAAGGAGAGAGAUAUGAUUCUGAAGUGACUUUGGAGGAGCUAAGAAGACCAAAUUGACCGAUGUUAAAAAUAGAUUUAGGCAGAUAAUCGUAUAGAGAUUUGAAUAGAGAGUCUGUGAGUAUGUAGUAAAUAUUUUGGGAUGCUCCAAAUGGGUUCUAGCAAUGGGCGCUUCCAGUCUAUGUUUGCUCUUACACGGAAAAAACAACAUGCUGUCACUGAAGGAUUGCUAAUCUUAGCCGGUGCAGGGAGUCUGCAUUGGAAUCCCAGUCCUAUUGCUUAUUAGUGGAGUGAGUUGUAGCAAAUUGUUUAACCUUUUACUUAACCUGAAUUUUCUUAUCUGUAAAAUUAAGAUAUUAGGAAUACUUGACCUGCCAGCACUAAAAGUCUGUUGUGGAAACACAGACACACACACAGUUACACACACACUCACACAAAAGUGCUCUAGAAGAGAAAGGGAUUAUUAUAUAAAUUAAUUAAUUCAUAUAUACAUACAAGCAAUCUACAAAUUUUAGUAAUCUCUAAUAAUAUAAAAUUUAAGUCCAUUUCAUCUUAAAAGUCCCACCCACUAAUCCCACUUCAACUUUCUCUUUAAUAGGCUUUGUACUUGAAAUGUUCUGCCUUUCUUUUCUAUGCUUACUUGAAUUUCUUCUUUCCGUAAUGCUAAUCCUAAAUCCCAGAUGAUUAGUUUUCUAGUUGCUUGUUCCUCUUUCUAGAUGAUGAGUUUUUCUAACUAAAUACACACACACACAUCUUACACUAAAUGUAACUUUCUAUAUGCAGAUAUUUUGUGUCCCCUUGGUAAUAAUACAUUUUUUUCCAAAGGCACCAAGUCUCAUGAAAAUCUGUAUCUUGCUUGAAUCACCAGCAUAUUCACUGAGACAAUAUUGUUGGAUAAUGUGUGCAGAUUGAUGAACAAGCAGUAGGAAGUUUAAUCAAGUUACUCAGUGUCUGGUGAGAUGGAAACCAGAAAUGCAAAGACCAUUUAGUGAGGAAUUUCAAAUGAGAGAAUAAAUUAAUGAAGACUUGAGCUAAAAUGAAGUCAGUGGAAAUGGAGAGAGAUAGUCGUAUCUGAAGCCUGGAGAGAAAGAGUAAUGGUCUUCUUGUUAACAAGUUGAAUUAAAGGAUAAAGAUAGGAAAGCAAUUGGUUGAUUAUCAAACACAUUAUGUGUUUGAAUCUAAAAUCAAAAAAUAUCUGGUAAUGUUGAGAGAAAUGAUAAGAAGUCAAAAAUACAAAUUGAUUAAGUGAUGAGUACAGACAGACCCAGAUUAAGCUCAGUUUUAUCCUGCCAUUUUUAGGAAACCAAAGGAAAAUACAAUUGAAGAAUGCCUGAUGGUAUCCAAUACAGAGUGCUGGUAAAGACAAAAUAUGGUGAUAGAGAUUUAGUGUUGUUAUAAGAGAGAUCAUCAUUAAAUGAAGCAGAUUAACACUCCAAGAAUUAUUUUGAAAUAAAAAUAAAGCCAAGCUCACUUUUACAUGUCUAGAAUCAGAGAGGAAAAGGAGAAGGAAAAAAAAAAAUCUAGGGUACAGGAUAAGAGAAUUAGCCAGAAAAAUACAUUGUGAAACAGUAGACAGCAAGUGGCCCAAAGCCGAAAGAGGUUAGACAAAAACUAAGUAACCAUCAGGACAGUAUUCGCUGGUUUGGGCAAGAAAAGAACUUAUAGGGCUAAAUCAACUCCAGGUAAGACAUGGAGAUGAGGCAGAGAAAAUAGCAAUAGUGAAGGAAUGCAAAAGGGACAGAGAAAUUCAAAGCAGGAUUAUGGUGAUGAGUAAAUGAAUAAAGCAUUUGCAGAGGUAUUGAGAGAAAGAGAGAGAGGGAAUGGGGGUAUAUGUGAUGUAAGAAAUAACAGAGGAGAUUGUGAAUAGAAAAUAGAGAAGAAAAAUUAAGCCAAGCCAAAUGCUUUUGUUGCUAUUUGAUAUUUUUAUUUUUAAGGGAAGGAAAAAGUAUUUCACACCUUUAGCCCAAAUUGAAGAGUCCCAAGGAAGGACUGAAAAAUCAGUUUGGGGUAUUAUUCACAAAUUCAUUAAUACAAUAAUUAGUGACAUUUUAUUUACUUGGAAUGCCAAAAUUAAAAAUUGAUAGGUCGGUGUUAAUUCCCCGAGACUAUAAAAAUGAUCACGUAACCACACAACCAACCGUUGAUUAAGUGAACUCUUAUGCUCAUCUAACCUCAGGCCCAUAGGUUUUCUAUCUUCAUUUUUCUGAAAUAAAAUUUUGCUUCUCAAAACUUAAUAGCAGCAUAAACAUACACCCUUUCACGGGAUAGCUUAUGACGCUGUGUCCAUUCUUGAUCAUCCAUAGGUAUGACUCACAUCACUUGCAUGGCAUAUGUAUUUCCAUCCAAGCUCCUAAUCCUGGCCCACCAGGGUCUCUAGAAGUGGAUCCAGCCUAUCUUCAUGACUGCAAAAUAUACUGCAGCCCUUUUCGCCCACUAACUUAAUGCUUUAACCACGUCGUUGGCUGUAUUUCCUCUGUACCUCACACAAUUGUGGUCUCAAGAUCAUUCUGAUGGUCGUUCUGCCCCUGCCAGCCUUUUACCACAUGCUCACUUCUCCAAGCACACACUGAGAACACAACUGGCCUGCCUGCCACACCUUUAGGGCCUCAAAUUAUCUUUCUGAAAAUGUCUACUUAAAGGUCAUCUUCUCCACGAAGACUGCCUAAUGCACACUUACUUAUCCAACCAUAAUUUCUUGUUUCAUGAUCACUUGACCCCAUGGUGCAGCAUGCUGUCAUGUCUUGGUAUGUUUGUGAUCUCCUCGAUGUAUCCUCAAUGACUAGUAUUUGUUCAAUAAAUCGGAAUCUUUUAACUUGA